CCGCGGUUGGGCGUGUGCCCGGCCCCCGGUGCUGCGUGACCGCGCGGGAGGAGCAGGAGGAGGAGUGUGGGUGCGGGGAAUUUCCUUGUGUGGCGGCGGAGGAACAACACCGCUCCAGACAGCGGGGCUGCGAGGAGGGCGCUGCCGCCGCCGCCGGUUGCCGAGCGAUGUGAGGGGGAGCCCCCCCUACGCCCUCCCCUCCCUGCCCCUGGAGCCGCCUGCUUUCCCCCUCCCUCCCCUCGCUCAUCCCCGCCCCGCCAUGCCGGACCAGAUCUCCGUGUCGGAAUUCGUGUCCGAGACCAAUGAGGAUUACAAGUCACCCACCGCCUCCAACUUCACCACCCGGAUGGCCCAGUGCAGGAACACAGUGGCGGCCAUCGAGGAGGCUCUGGAUGUUGACCGAACUGUUCUCUAUAAAAUGAAGAAAUCUGUCAAAGCCAUAAACUUAUCUGGUCUGGCUCAUGUGGAAAAUGAAGAACAGUAUACACAAGCACUCGAGAAGUUUGGUGGCAACUGUGUUUGCAGGGAUGACCCAGAUUUGGGAACAGCGUUUUUAAAAUUUUCUGUGUUUACAAAGGAAUUAACUGCACUCUUCAAAAAUUUGAUUCAGAAUAUGAACAACAUAAUCACUUUUCCAUUGGACAGUUUGCUGAAGGGAGACCUGAAAGGAGUCAAAGGGGACCUGAAAAAACCAUUUGAUAAAGCUUGGAAGGACUAUGAAACAAAAGUUACAAAAAUAGAGAAGGAGAAAAAAGAGCAUGCUAAGCUUCAUGGAAUGAUUCGUACAGAAAUAAGUGGAGCUGAAAUUGCAGAAGAGAUGGAGAAAGAAAGAAGGUUCUUCCAGUUACAGAUGUGUGAGUACCUGCUGAAAGUCAAUGAAAUCAAGAUUAAAAAAGGAGUGGACUUGCUUCAGAACUUGAUCAAGUAUUUUCAUGCUCAGUGCAAUUUCUUUCAGGAUGGGUUAAAAGCAGUUGAAAGUCUCAAACCUUCAAUUGAGACGCUCUCGACAGAUCUUUAUACAAUUAAACAAGCACAAGAUGAAGAACGAAGACAAUUAACACAGCUCAGAGAUAUUUUAAAAUCAGCACUCCAAGUUGAUCAGAAAGAGUCUAGGAGAGAUUCUCAGAUUCGCCAGAGUACAGCUUACAGUUUACAUCAGCCUCAGGGAAACAAGGAGCAUGGCACUGAGCGCAGUGGCAGUCUGUACAAGAAAAGUGAUGGAAUCAGAAAAGUGUGGCAGAAAAGGAAGUGCUCAGUUAAAAAUGGUUUUCUUACAAUUUCCCAUGGUACAGCUAACCGACCUCCAGCAAAGCUCAAUCUGUUAACCUGCCAAGUGAAAACAAACCCUGAGGAGAAAAAGUGUUUUGACCUCAUAUCACACGACAGGACAUACCACUUUCAAGCAGAGGAUGAACAGGAAUGUCAAAUAUGGACAUCUGUGCUACAAAACAGCAAAGAGGAAGCUUUAAAUAAUGCAUUCAAAGGAGAUGAUAACACAGGAGAAAAUAAUAUUGUCCAGGAACUGACAAAAGAAAUUAUAUCUGAAGUCCAGAGGAUGACUGGAAAUGAUGUUUGUUGUGACUGUGGAGCACAAGAUCCUACCUGGCUUUCAACAAAUUUGGGAAUUUUAACUUGCAUUGAAUGCUCAGGAAUCCAUAGAGAACUUGGUGUUCACUAUUCCAGAAUGCAGUCACUUACAUUAGAUGUGCUGGGAACAUCUGAACUUCUGCUUGCAAAGAAUAUUGGGAAUGCUGGAUUUAAUGAGAUUAUGGAAUUCUGUCUUCCAGUUGAUGAAGUGGUCAAACCUAAUCCAAGCAGUGAUAUGAAUGCAAGAAAAGAUUACAUUACUGCCAAAUAUAUUGAGAGAAAAUAUGCAAGGAAGAAGCAUGCAGACAAUGCAGCUAAAUUGCAUGCUCUUUGUGAAGCAGUGAAAUCAAGAGACAUUCUUGGAUUAGUUCAAGUGUAUGCUGAUGGCGUGGAUCUCACAGAAAAAAUCCCACUGGCCAAUGGCCAUGAGCAAGAUGAAACAGCACUGCACCUUGCUGUUAGAUCAGUUGAUCGAACAUCCCUUCAUAUAGUUGACUUUUUAGUGCAGAACAGUGGCAAUCUAGAUAAGCAAACCUGUAAAGGUAGCACAGCCCUGCAUUACUGCUGCCUAACAGACAACGUUGAGUGCCUCAAACUGCUGCUGAGAGGGAAGGCUUCUAUUGAAAUAGCAAAUGAAGCAGGAGAGACACCACUUGAUAUAGCUAAACGGUUAAAACAUACUCACUGUGAAGAAUUGCUUACUCAAGCACUGUCUGGAAGGUUUAAUUCUCAUGUUCAUGUAGAAUAUGAAUGGCGGUUACUUCAUGAAGAUCUGGAUGAAAGUGAUGAUGAUGUGGAUGAAAAGCUACAGCAACCCAGUCCCAACCGGAGAGAGGACAGGCCUGUCAGCUUCUACCAGCUUGGAUCAAACCAGCUUCAGCCUAAUGUAGCAUCCUUGGCAAGAGAUGCAGCAAACAUUGCUAAGGACAAGCAAAGAGGAUUUAUGCCAAGUAUAUUACAGAAUGAAACAUAUGGAGCAAUACUCAGUGGCAGUCCACCUUCCAUUCAGCCUGCAGUACCUGUUACAAGUAGUGCACCUCCUCUACCUCCAAGGAAUAUUGGCAAAGUUCAGCCUUCAGUUCUUGGCAGUGGUAUUCAGACAAUUUCUUCAUCUAAUGCAAUGUGGAAGACAAAUUCUUUAGGAGUGGAAAGUAUAAGCAGGCAGAGGUCUUCAUCAGAUCCACCAGCUAUUCAUCCCCCUGUGCCGCCAUUGCGUGUAACAUCUACAAAUGUACUUUCUCCAGCACCACCACCUCCAGUGGCAAAGACAGCCAGCAUUAUAGAAGCUCUGAACCAGCAAUCGAAACAGCAGCCAGCUCCUCCACAAAACAAGCCAACCCCACCACCACUGCCUCCACAACCUCCUAGCAGAAUCUCUCAGAGAAAGCCUAUUCCUGGGACUGAGAAGUCAUCUGGCUUAACUAACAAAGGGCAGACCAGAGGACUUGGGUCUCUACAACAAUCUGCAGGAGAGUCAUCUUCUGUAUGUGACAUUCCAGGAACACAGACUGGUUCUACAGCAAAUACUUUGGCACAAAUCCAGCCACCAGCACCAAUGCCAAGGAAAUCACAAAUAUCAAAAACUAAACCCAAGAGAGUAAAAGCAAUUUACAACUGUGUAGCAGAUAACCCAGAUGAGCUGACUUUUGCAGAGGGAGAUAUUAUUGUAGUUGAUGGUGAAGAAGAUCAGGAGUGGUGGAUUGGUCAUAUUGAUGGAGAUCCCAGUCGGAAAGGAGCUUUCCCUGUAUCAUUUGUGCACUUUAUUGUUGACUAGAUUGCUACUGAUAAGUGGAGACAUUUCUCAUUUCCAGCAGUCACAGAAAUAAGUUUUGUUCUAUUUCAUUUCACCUACCUAUCCGCAGCCACCUUGCCAGAGCACUGCCCAAGUCCUAGGUACUGUAGCUUACUUUUUUAUUGCCAUUGUUCUGGUUUGGGGACUUUUAAACUUUUUUCUACGUGAAAACUUCUCAUAAGCAGUUUACACUUU